GCCGAGGAGGCCUGAGAGGCGGCGGGGCCGGGCCGGGCUGAGCCGGGCACCGGGCCGGGCUGUGCCGAGCGGGGCUGUGCUGGACCCAGCCGUGCCGCAGCGCGUCUCUCUGAAGCUGGGAAAUGGCAGUGAUGGGAAUUGCAUGCCAGGGAGCUCCUGAUGCAGCUGUCAAGCACAAGAAGGAGCUCACGGCGGCCGAGGGGCUGAAGGAGACAGCAAGCGAAAAGCAGAGCAGCGUCUGCAAAGUGGAGGAUCCAAAGAAGGCCAUCUUUGACAGCCAGUGGAAAAUCCUGAAUGAUGUAAUCACCAAAGGAACAGCAAAAGAAGAAACAGAAGGAGGCUGUGCAUCGAUUUCUAUCAUUGCCCAGGCAGAAUGUGAAAACAGUCAGGAGUUCAGCCCCACUUUAUCAGAGAGAUCCUUUAUUGCCCACAGCAAACGUUACAGCAGCCGCUCGGACAGCCUCGACCACAUCCCCAACAAUGUGGCCCACGCCACCGAGGGGCAGAUGGCCCCAACCUGCUGGAGGGGCAGGCACAGGGGCAGGGCCAGGAAGAAAAGGCACAAGAAAAGGUCCAAGCUGAAAGGACAACCUGCCACUGGUGGCAGGAGAAGCCCCAGAACUCCAGAACAGGAGAGCUGCACCCCCAUUCCCGUCCAGGAGGAUGAAUCACACCCAAGUGCUCUUUACAGGAACAGUUUUUGGGCUUCAGAAUUUAACAAGGACUCUGUUUAUGAUCCGCUGCCCUUUGAGAAACCUGAGGGAGCUCUGCCCACGGGCAAACCCCAUUCCCCCAGGAGCCACUACAAAACUGAACUGCACAAGCUCAUCAGCCCCAUUCAGUGCCUCAGUCACGUUUGGAGACAGAGGGACACUGUCCCCCAGCCUGAAACUCUCCAUCCCUUUCCCUACAACAUCCUACCCCCCCAUUUCCCCCCUCUGGACAGUACCCUCCCUGCCAGGAAGCGGAAUGCUCUGGAGUCCUGCUUCCCUGCUGACCUCAGCUAUCGAGACAGUCGCCUCUCUGGCCUCAACUUGGAGUACCCUUUCCCCAAGUGCCUCAGCCAGUCCGUGAAAAGCAGCUCAGACAAACUCUCCGUGGAGGAAUAUUUGGUGGACGCCUUGAAGGGGAGCGUGAGCUUUGGGGAACCCCAGAAUUUAGCCAGCCUGGCCAAGACCUGGAGAGGAGGUGGGCUGGAGCCCAGGAAGCAGCUCUGUGAAGAAAGUGCCAAUGAAGGAGUGCUGCUGAACGAGAAACUGAAGCCAGUGGAUUAUGAGUACAGAGAAGAGGUUCACUGGACCAAAUGCCACGGUUCCUUGGGCAUUGGCUCCUUUGGAGAGGUGUACAAGAUAGAGGACAAACAGACAGGAUUCCAGUGUGCUGCCAAGAAGGUCCAGGUGGAACAUUUCCGAGCGGAGGAGCUGACGACGUGCGCGGCCGUGACGAGCCCCAGGGUGGUGCCCCUCUAUGGUGCUGUGAAGGAAGGCCCCUGGGUGACCAUCUUCAUGAAGCUGAUGGAGGGUGGCUCGUUGGGGCAGCUCAUUAAGCAGAGUGGCUGCCUGCCAGAGGACAGAGCCCUCAGCUACCUGGGCCAGGUCUUAGAGGGGCUGGAGUAUCUUCAUGCUCAAAACAUUCUCCACGGAGAUGUCAAAGCUGAGAACGUGCUGCUGUCUGAUGAUGGGAGCAGAGCCCUCCUGUGUGACUUCGGCCACUCUGCUCACCUUCAUCCUGACGGGCUGGGGAAGUGCCUGGUCACAGGGAACUACGUGCCAGGCACGGAGACCCACAUGGCCCCCGAGGUGGUGAUGGGGAAGCGCUGUGACUGCAAGGUGGACGUGUGGAGCAGCUGCUGCAUGAUGCUGCACAUGCUCAACGGCUGCCACCCCUGGACCCAGUACUACAACCACCCCCUCUGCCUGAAGAUCGCUAAAGAGCCGCCUCCUCUGAGGGAAAUUCCACCUUCCUGCAACCCUCUCACUGCUGAGAUCAUUAAGCUGGGGCUGGAGAAGGAGCCUCUCCAGAGGGCAUCUGCAGCAGAGCUCAAAACCAAGACCAGCGUGGCACUUGAGGAAGUGGGAGGUGUGAGAAGCCCCUGGAAAGGCGAAUACAGAGAGCCCAGACGUUUAUCUCUGAACAAAGAAAACAACCCCCAGACAUCCCUGUCCCCCACAGCAAGCCCAGUCUCUGGGACUGCUUCUGACCCAAAACUGUCAGUCAAAACCUCCUGUGCCAGCCCAGUCCUACCACCACCACCCCUGGAGCAACCACAGGAGGCCGAGGGCACCCGUUGGAACGAGGACAAGGAACCCCCCGAGCCCUGGGAUCCCCCACCUCUGUCCUCAACCCCUGUGCCCCUGAGGAGCUGCAGCCACGUGGAGAGAGCCACAACCAUUUCAGAACAGGAGCUCCAGCAGCUGGAAAUCGAACUGUUUCUGAACAGCCUUUCCCAGCCUUACUCCCUGGAGGAGCAGGAGCAGAUGCUCUCCUGCCUGAGCAUCGACAGCCCCUUCGUGUCGGACGCCAGCGAGAGGAACUCCAUGAAGGCUUCUCAGAGCUUGAGGGACACUAUGAGCUCUGGGAUUCAUUCCUGGAACAGCCAGGCAGACGGGCAGAGCUUCAGCUGGAACAACCUGCUGAGCCGCAGCCGGCACACCGACACCCCCAGCUACUUCAACGGAGUAAGAAUCCAGAUCCAGUUGCUCAGUGGCGAAAAUUUACACAUCAGGGAUUUCCACAGGAAAAAGGUGGGAGACAUUGCCACGGGGAUAAGCAGCCAGAUCCCAGUGCCUGCCUUCAGCCUGGUCACCAAGGAGGGGCACCCCGUGCACUAUGACAUGGAGGUGCCCGACUCUGGCAUCGACCUGCAGUGCACCCUGGCCCCCGACUGCAGCGUCAGCUGGACCUGGCGCGUCAAGCACGGCCGGCUGGAGAACAGGCCCUGAGGUGGUUUGGAGGUUUUUUUCACCUCGUGGAAAGAAGGAAUCCCAAAAGCUUCCAGCCUCCCCUGCCGUGGUGGAGCAGCAGGUGGCGUGGCCGGUGUCUGCGCCGCCGC